AUGAGCUCGUUCCUCCAGUACAAGCUCGUGCUCCUCGGCGAGCUGGCGGUGGGCAAGCUGCUGAUUGUCCACCGGUUCGUCAAGAACACCUUCGACGACAUGCGCGAGCUGACCAUCGGCGCCGCCUUCCUCACCCAGCUGGUGACGCUUAGCGACGGCACCACCGUCAAAUUCGAGAUCUGGGACACCGCCGGCCAGGAGAGAUAUAAGAGUCUUGCCCCGAUGUACUACCGCCACCUGAACGCUGCCCUCUGUGUCUAUGACGUCACCCUGGCGGCGCUGUUUGAGCGGGCUAAGGACUGGAUCGAGGAAUUGCACAAACUUGCCCCUAAAGAUAUCGUGAUUGCUCUCGUUGGCAAUAAAAACGAUUUAGACGGCCAACAGGUGGACCAGGCGACCGUUGAAGAGUACGUGGCAACGCUUCCGGGCCAGGUGAUCGUCACUACCUGUUCGGCGAAAACCGGGAGUGGAGUCCAGGAGAUCUUCACCGCCAUCGCCGAGAAGUUGCCGAAAGAGGCACCGCUGCUGCUGCUGCCGCGAGGCGCCCAGCUGGGGGUCAACUUGGACCGCCGCCCGCAGCCCCAGCUGGGUUGCUGCUAG